CUGCACUGGUACUGGGAAUUGCUUGCCUCGAUCCUUUGCUCAUUGGCUUGCUGCAAGACGCAGCGUGGGAACACCUGGGCUGCGCUGAUGGGGUCGUGUUGUCGGUUGGCCAUGAUUACAGUUGUGAAGAAAGAUGAGAUGGAUGGAUGAAGGUUUCGACUCCUGAGGUGCAAAGGAUAUUUAUGUGCUGGCUCGUCCACAUGAACCGUCGUUGCCUGCACCCCCACCGAAGCUGCCCUGGUUAUGUGUUCAGGAUUACUGGUCGAUUGAAGAGUUUUCACGACCCAGCCAUGGUUCACGAUACAAUCCAGGGUUCACGACCGAACCAAACUUCAACCAACGGCUGCCUGGGCUCUCGAAUGUACGCCAUUGGGCUGGGUAUUAGCUUCUACACUGAGUUACUAUAUUAAAUUCUUACUGUGUUGCGUCUAUCUGCCUGUACUACAAGCAUGAAUACGCUAUAAACCUAAAAUAAUAAAAUGCGAUACCCCGCAACACUUUGGCUCCAUUUGGU